GAGUUUGAGCCGCGUGUGUCGUCUUUGCUCUGAGACUCGAUUCCUCCGCCCGCCGCUCGGGGGCGACAAAGCGCUGAUGCUGACGUCAUGAGACGCGUGGUCAGAGACGGUGGCGAUGAGAGCGGUCAUCCAGAGGGUCAGCAGAGCCAGUGUGACGGUGGGAGGCGAGCAGGUGAGCUCCAUCGGACCAGGACUUUGCGUCCUGCUGGGCAUCUCCGCCGAUGACACGCAGAAAGAUGCGGAGUACAUGGUGCGCAAGAUCCUCAACCUGCGGCUGUUCGAGGAUGAGGAGGGCCGAGCGUGGAGCAGAAGCGUCAUGGACCGCCACUACGAGGUCCUGUGCGUGAGCCAGUUCACCCUGCAGUGCAUCCUGAAGGGCAACAAGCCCGACUUCCACGCCGCCAUGCCGGCCGCGCUGGCGCAGCCCUUCUACCAGAGCAUCCUGGAGAAGCUGAGGAGCAGCUACAGGCCCGAGAGCGUCCGAGACGGGAAGUUCGGGGCCCUGAUGCAAGUCCACAUCCAGAACGACGGCCCGGUCACCAUCGAGCUCACGUCCCCGCGUGGCCCCAUAGACCCCAAGCAGGAGAAGCAGCAGCAGACUGGCUCCAAGGGUCCGUCCGAGCGCAGCCGGCACCGACCCGGGCCGGACACCAACGCCAGCGGCGGAGCCGAAGGGGGCGUGUCCUCGGAGAGGGAGCACUGACGCUGAGCGCCAGGUGCAGAACGUGAGUCAGUCCAUGGAGGUCGUGGACUUGAGGACAUCCAGAGACCUGCAGUACGUGAGAGACUCGGAGCCGUUACUGAGAGGAGUCGCCGGGCGAGUCCACACACUGGUGUCCAACCCUGGAGCUCUGAGCAGCCGGGGCCUGCGGGUACACGCGCACACACGCUGACACACGCUGACUCACUCACACACACACAUGCGCAUGCACGCGCACGCUCGCCUGUGGCCUCCUCGUGUCCCUGAUGUGAGUCUGGACCUCCAGAGCAGGACGUGUGACCCACAGCGGGCGACACGCGCAGUGAGGUCCGGGACGGUCCUCAGUGAGGAGGCUGGAGCCGCUCUGAUGACUCUGCUGGAGAAGACACGGCUCUGUGUUCUGGCUGACUCGGCGGCGACCCGUCGCCCACUCGCUUCCUCUGCUCCUCUGCUCCCGGCCCGGUCCAGAUGGACGCGCCCGCCCUCCAGCGGCUUCUGAGGCCGCGUUCCAUUUGGCUCCCGCUCCAAACUACUCACGUCAGCGCUGCUCUGCUUCCGAGAGAGGAGUGAUGCCAAACCACACCUGAGCCGAGUCAGAGCAAGGAGACUCGGAUCAGACUCCCACAGUGCUCCAAACUCACUUCAAGGCAGACGGAAACACAGCCCCGGUGGUUUCCAGCAGCAGCAGGCUCCGUCAUGUGUUCACACAGUCAUGUGUUCACACAGUCAUGUGUUCAUACAGUCGUGUGUUCACACAGUCAUGUGUUCAUACAGUCGUGUGUUCACACAGUCAUGUGUUCACACAGUCGUCUGUUCAUACAGUCAUGUGUUCAUACAGUCAUGUGUUCAUACAGUCAUGUGUUCACACAGUCGUGUGUUCAUACAGUCAUGUGUUGAUACAGUCGUGUGUUCACUCAGUCGUGUGUCGACGUGCGCGCGUGUCCUCCACCUUCACUCAUUCACGCCUCCCCUGCC